UUUUCCGCAAAACACAGUGUCUAAAUCUUUCACAUACACCAGUUAUGAAUACAUAGCUCACAGACUUUUGGAUCAAACCGCAAUUAGGGCAAAUCUUCAAGCUUUAUCAGCUGACUUCGUACUAAGAAGAGUACAGAAGAAGAGAUCUGAUGAAAUGAAGAAACUCUUCUUCUUUCUGAUUGUCCUCGCACUUCUUCAAUUCAAUUUGAUCGAAGCUGUUUCUGAAUCUCAAUCAGAAGAACAAACAACUAAAAAUAAGUUUCGAGAACGUGAAGCCACUGAUGAUGCCCUAGCUUACCCUAACAUAGAUGAGGAUGCACUUUUGAACACUCAAUGCCCAAGGAAUUUGGAAUUGAGAUGGAAGGCUGAAGUUUCCUCCAGCAUAUACGCAGCCCCUUUGAUCUCCGAUAUAAACGGUGAUGGGAAGCUCGAUAUAGUGGUGCCAUCUUUUGUUCAUUACUUGGAAGUGUUAGAAGGUUCGGAUGGAGAUAAAAUGGCAGGCUGGCCUGCCUUUCACCAAUCAAAUGUGCAUUCCAGUCCUCUCUUAUAUGAUAUUGACAAGGAUGGAGUGAGAGAGAUAGCUCUAGCUACCUACAAUGGAGAAGUGCUCUUUUUCAGGACCUCAGGCUAUUUGAUGUCAGAUAAGUUGGAGAUUCCUCGAUUAAGAGUUCGUAAAGACUGGCAUGUUGGAUUGCAUCCAGACCCAGUAGACCGUUCUCAUCCAGAUGUCCAAGAUGAGUUACUUAUCAAGGAGGCUGCUGAGAUGAAUUCAAUGAACCAUACAAAUGGAAUUACUGCUAAUUCAAGCGAUUCAGCUUCUUUGUCGAACAAUGGGAACCCUGGCUCAUCAAUGAACACCUCCAUGCCAGCCAAUGCAGUAAAGUCGAAUGCUAGUCAUCCAGAAGAAAUCAUUAAGUUGCCAACUGAUAAGCACAAUUCCACUGAAGAUGUAAUGUCGGCCGCAGAGACUGUCAAAGCGGCUAACACAACAAGCUCCGGGAGGCGGCUCCUUGAAGAUCAUGAUUCAACCGCAACACAGGGGACUGGAUCCAAUUCUACUACUAAUACCAACACAGAGGAUGUUGCUGCAACUGUGGAAAAUGAUGAAGGUCUGGAAGCUGAUGCUGACUCAUCUUUUGAGUUAUUCCGUGAUAACGAAGAGCUAGCCGAUGAGUAUAAUUAUGAUUAUGAUGAUUAUGUUGAUGAAACGAUGUGGGGUGAUGAGGAGUGGACAGAAGAUAGGCACGAGAAAGAGGAGGAUUAUGUGAAUAUUGACUCGCACAUACUUUCUACUCCAGUCAUAGCAGAUAUCGACAAUGACGGGAUUUCAGAAAUGGUUAUUGCCGUCUCUUACUUUUUUGACCAUGAGUAUUAUGACAACCCAGAACAUUUAGCUGAAUUGGGUGGUAUAGACAUCGGAAAAUACGUAGCAGGAGCUAUUGUAGUUUUCAAUCUUGAAACCAAGCAAGUUAAGUGGACAACACAACUAGAUUUAAGUACGGAUGGAUCAAAGUGGCGUGCUUAUAUAUACUCCUCUCCAACCGUAGCUGAUUUAGAUGGGGAUGGGAAUUUAGACAUUCUUGUUGGGACUUCAUUUGGCUUGUUUUAUGCGCUGGAUCAUCAUGGAAAAGUGAGACCAAAUUUUCCCCUUGAGAUGGCCGAAAUUCAGGGAUCUGUAGUUGCAGCAGAUAUCAAUGAUGACGGUAAAAUUGAGCUGGUGACAGCAGAUACUCAUGGAAACGUUGCAGCAUGGACCACACAAGGAAAAGAAAUCUGGGAAGUACAUCUGAAGAGCCUUGUUCCACAGGCUCCUUCAGUUGGUGAUGUCGAUGGGGAUGGUCAUACUGAUGUUGUAGUUCCAACAAUAUCAGGAAAUAUAUAUGUUCUCAGUGGCAAGGAUGGAUCACAAAUCCGCCCGUAUCCUUAUCGCACUCAUGGGAGAGUAAUGACUCAGGUUCUUCUGGUUGAUCUAAGUAAACGCGGUGAGAAACAGAAGGGGCUCUCGAUGGUCACAACAUCAUUUGAUGGCUAUUUGUAUCUUAUCGAUGGACCCACAUCAUGUGCGGAUGUUGUUGAUAUUGGCGAAACUUCAUAUAGUAUGGUCUUAGCAGACAAUGUUGAUGGCGGGGAUGACCUGGAUCUUGUUGUUUCAACCAUGAAUGGGAAUGUCUUUUGCUUCUCAACCCCUUCCCCACAUCAUCCCCUCAAGGCAUGGAGAUCCCCCAACCAGGGAAGGAACAAUGCUGCAAGCCGGCACAACCGACAAGGGGUUGCUGUCUCACAUUCAUCCAGAACAUUCCGUGACGAGGAAGGCAAAGAUUUCUGGGUGGACAUUGAAAUAGUAGACAAGUACCGGUUUCCUUCAGGGUCUCAAGCACCUUAUAAUGUGACGACAACCUUGUGGGUUCCUGGGAAUUAUCAAGGGGAGAGGCGUAUAACACAAAACCAAGUGUAUGAUCGUCCUGGAACAUACCGAAUCAAACUUCCUACUGUGCCAGUCCGAACAACGGGGACGGUGCUGGUUGAGAUGGUGGACAAGAAUGGACUCCAUUUUACAGACGAAUUCUCUCUCACCUUCCACAUGCAUUACUACAAACUACUCAAGUGGCUCUUAGUCCUUCCAAUGCUUGGGAUGUUUGGUGUAUUAGUAAUCUUACGGCCACAAGAAGCUGGCCAGCCAUUGCCAUCCUUCUCUCGAAACACAGAUCUGUAAUCUCAACUUGCAUGCCACUGGCAGAUCCAGCAUGUGCCUUGCAGGGGGGGUGUACCCCCAUUCCUAAUCUGUUCAAAAUCAUACAAACAUUUGUUACUUUGAGUAGAAAAGAAUUAGCCAGAUUCAAAAACUCUUUCAAUCCUUAAAAAGUAUCUCACUCAGAAAGUAGAUUUUUUGGUUUUGUUGUUUCAACCUGUGAUUUUCUAUAGGGUUACAUAUGGCUUGAGAGGUGUAAUUUUAUUUUGUUUUUAAUGAUUUAGAGGUGUAAGUUAUAACUUUGGGUAAAUUUGCCAAGGAAAAGGAAAAAUAAAAUGAAAAAAGGGAAUCUAUCAAGCCACAAUUUUUGUUUGCUCGCUCAUUUGCUAAGCUACUUGUCAGAAACCUUCAACACAAAUCCAAAGUAAAAGCAUCGUCUCUUGUUUC